AUGCAAGCCAAGUGGAGCAUCGUCUGGCCCUCAGGCGUGCAGAUGGCCCAGUUUGGAACCGCAAUUGGAGAGUUUGGCAGCUUCAACAUCGACAGGAACUUCAGCAGCAUCUCUUCAUGGUCCACAGAAGUCUUAGACAGUUCUGUCAUCUUCAAAUCCUCAAACGUCACAAGCACCGGACCAGGCUGCGAAGCGGGAGGCAGAUAUGUGACAAUUGUAGAAUCCGACCAACAAUGCGUAGCAAGAGCCACAUUCGAGCCAAACUUGACUGUGAGGCCCGGCCUGAAGCUUGAACCAAGUAGAGUGACUUCAAUACCACCUCUGAUCGGUCCCUGCGCAGGAAUAAUUCUCUGGAUGGUGGGAACCGAAGACGAGGCGGUCGACUGCCCAAGGGUGCCAGCGAUGUUGGCGUUCGAGUGGUUUUGUGCGAGGUGUGCGAAAGACGACGACUUCUUCUCCGGCGUUGUGGAGAAGAUGCUUGUUGCCGAGGAGGUUCCAAAACAGUUUUGCGGAGACAAGUUGUCGGAGCUCAUUGGAGAGGUUGGAUCCUUUUUGCUGAUAGUGGACGAAACCGAGUCCUGA